UACCGUAAGCACCAUGACUGCAACCAGCCUUACCAAUGCCUCACCGAUAUGAACUAGUAAAUACACGAGCGACUGCUAGCGCCACCACAAGCCCCGCCGCCGCAUAACUGUUUGUGCCAAGUCCUUUCGUGGAUUGGUAGAUCGUCAAGAUGACGAAGGGUACCUCCAGUUUUGGAAAACGGAGAAAUAAGACCCACACGCUGUGCCGGCGUUGCGGGCGCAGCAGUUACCACAUUCAGAAGUCGCGAUGUGCCCAGUGCGGCUACCCCAACAGCAAGAUGCGCAGCUACAACUGGAGCGUCAAGGCUAAGAGGAGGAAGACCACCGGCACCGGUCGGCUCCGCCACCUCAGGAAGGUCUGGAGGCGUUUCAGGCACGGUUUCCGUGAGGGAGGUCUUCCGAAAUCCCAGAAGCAUGCAGUUGCUGGUGGAUCAGCUGGUGGCAAAUAAACAAUGUGUAUAAAAGCCGACACAAAAGCUCAGACAAUAAAACUGGGCAUUCCCAA